AUGACUAGGGAACCAGAGUUUGAUGUGUCCCAAUUAGAGCUCCGGCUGGGGGAGCUGCAAACGAUCUGGGAAGGGGUAAGGGAUAAUUCUUCUGCAGCGUCGGCCAGCCACCGGUACUCACUCCCGACGAGGCCCACCACCUCUCCGCGGAAGAAAAAAAGCCAGAGCCAGCAGCUUUCCGCCACUCCCGGUUUCCUGCAGUCCAGCUCAGGUGCAUCCACCCGCGUGCGGAGGCGACACACCAUGGAGCCAACAGGCCCAGGCGUGGGGGAGCCGGGCUCGCGCCCCACGUUGGUGGGUGUGGGACGGGCGGGGCAGCGCAGUCCUUCCUCUCGGUCCCCCAGCCGGGUCUACUCAAAGAGCCCAGUGUCUGCUGCCGUGCAGCCGGCUAGGGACUUCAGUCCCAGGAAUACCUCAACGGGAGGACUGCUGCCGCCACUGGAGGUGUCAGCUUCGCGCCAGGCUCCGAGAUCGUGCCAGAGUUGCGGCUUUGCUGGAGUAAGACCGACGGCGUUGUUCUGUCAAAAUUGUGGGAAGCGUUUCUGA